AUCAGAAUACCCAAGACAGACAGCAACAGUGUGGUCACUUCUCAGCAUUUCAGCUAUUUUGAUGUGUCUCUGGUCUGUGUAACUCUGGCAGGACGAUGAGUGGAGGAAAACAUCUACUGCUUCUGGCAGCGCUCCUGCACCUGGCAAGAUGUCAGAACGAGCUGCAAGUUACUGUUUCACCUGAACUCAAGCAGAUCUUUUUUGGGGAUUUCCUGUAUUUGACCUGUAAUGGAACAGGCACAGUGAAAUGGUACUUGAACAAAAAAGAAAUAUCGCAGGGAAACAAAACCUGGAAGAUAACAGCUGCAUCUACCAGGGACUCAGGCUUGUAUCAUUGUGAGAGUGAUGGGAAAGAGAGCAGGUCUCGCGAGAUCAAAGUCCUGGAAUACAAUCCCAGUGCCUCGCUCACCCUCAAGACAGGCCAACCAGUGAUGCGUCAUGGAGGUUCAGUUCAGCUGCAGCUUGACCAUGACAGUAGUCUGGAAGGAUGGAACUGCUGGGUCGUUAGGGGACAGAAGAAAAACAGGAUUAAGUUGAAGUUAAACAAUGAAAAAGAUUUGAGCAUAGUCUUUCAACCCAAUAGACUGACUGUGCCUGAGACCAUUUUCUGGUGUACUGAUAAAGAUCAAGAACUCAGGAGUAACCAACAAGUAAUUAGGACUACAGAGAAGGACAUAUCGCUGGAAAUGUAUCCCCAGCCUGCUGUAGUUGGGGAGAGUCUGACUCUGAAGUGCCUUGUCUGGGGCACAGAUCAAAUUAGCCGUGCUGUUUUCUACAAAGAAAAGAUUGUAUUUGCAAAUGAGACGACGUCUACCCACAAAAUCGCUAAUGUGACAGAAUCUGAAGCGGGAAGAUAUAAGUGUGAUGCCACCUACAGACACGUAGGCGAGACCGAGACCCUACACAAAGACGUCUCUGAUAUACAAGAUGUGUUUGUACAAGGAUCUCCUAUCAAGGCGUCUCUCUCUGAAACCAAUGGCUUGACAUGUUCUUGUCCACGUUGCGAAGGGGAAUACUCCUAUCAUUAUUACAAGCAGGAUGAUCAGACAUGGAAAUUUAUGGAAUCCACAAAAUCCUCCAUGAAGCCAAAGGAGAGCGGUACCUAUGCAUGUAGAGCUGUUAUGACCACGAUGAGGUCUUUCCUCAGUAACACCCACUCUUUUUCAGAUCAGCCUGGGAGCUCAAUCCUAACAGGUGUGAUUGUGGUCAUUGUCAUGGUCCUGAUACUAAUAGUGGCUGUAAUUUGUUAUAAACGCCUUAAGAAGAGAGGUGACACAGGACCAAUUUACGAGGAUAUGCCGCUGAGGUCACGAGAUGAAGGUGGUGACAAAUACGAGCAGCUGCAGACGGUAGGCGGUAAGGAGCCCGAGUACGACACCCUUCAAACAGAAACACAGGGCAGAAAGAAAGAAGGUGAAUAUGAAGGACUGAAGAAAGAGGAAGUGAAAGAUGGGGUAUACCACACUUUGGGGAUGGAAGGGGGAGCAGGGGGAGGGGGGUAUGAAGCACUGAAGAAAGAGGGAAUGAAAGAGGGGGAGUACCACACUUUGGGGAUGGAGGGGGGAGCAGGAGGAGGGGGGUAUGAAGCACUGAAGAAAGAGGGAAUGAAAGAGGGGGAAUACGACAUUUUGAAGAUGGAGGAAGGAGCAGGAGGAGGGGGGUAUGAAGCACUGAAGAAAGAGGGAAUGAAAGGGGAUGAGUACCAGACUCUGGGAACAGGGGCUGCUGGAGGAGAGGGAGAACAAGAACAAUAG